AUGCCGCAAAUCAAUUGUCGCAACAGAGACUGUCGAGGAUUGGGGUCGCAAUCUGGAGCCGACGCUCCUCUUGCCACCAUGGAGGCAAAACUGCGAGUGAAGAAGCCUCCUGCUUGCGACCGGUGUAAAGCACGUCGAGUCCUGUGCCAUCCUGAGCGACCGUGUCCAAGAUGCGAACAAAGAAACGAGAUCUGUGUUACAACCCCUACCGUUCGUGGACGACCGAGGAAACAUCCAGUUGAAUUGCCGCCAACUUUCGACACUCGCUUAAUUCUCGCUCAAAACUCUGAACAUUGCUUCGAAGGACUCAAAUUCAAUGCACAGUACAACCACCCUUUGGUUGGAGCAACAACUAUCAAGGCGGAUAUACGAACGGCGGAAUAUCGACUCGAGCUCCUCCCCCCACCUCAGAAAGUGCUCGCUCUAUGCAUAGUUUGCGCCAUCUCUCUCACUUCCUUUCACCCAUCCAUCCUGGGCCCUGAAUAUACUGGUGUCCGCCCGCUAUCCUUUGAUCAUUUGCCUGAAUUCCUCCAUUCUACGCCACACGAGGGUUUAUUGUCUUGUGGCGUGCGGCGAGCCCCAAUAUUCUUCGCUCUCCGCAAUGAGGCUCUGAAAGCUGCUUGGGAGUAUCACGUGCCACUGCAGCCCUCGCCAGAGAAUGCGGUAUCCUGUUAUCUGCUUGAUCUCAUGGAACAAGUUGAUUUCAAUGGUGUAUCCAGACCAUGGGCAACAGCGUAUAUGUCACAUCUGCGCGUAUUAGCCAGCAGCAUCAACUCCUCCAUCCACACUCCCAUCAGUGCUGGAUUGUGGUCAGCAUUUUUCACAGUGGACGCGUUACACUCUGCAACAACAAGGACGCCUAUGCUCGUCACAGUAAAAGAUCAAUUUUUGCUAUGCGGGCCAGAACCGCCCUCUCUUAACGCCCUCCUGUCCUCGGUUGAAAAGCCCAGCUUAUCUCAAGACUUUGGGGCCCUUGGACCGUUCGUGCAGCCCAUCUUACUCCAUGUCACGAAUUUGGCCCGCGAACUGCUUGAGAAAAUGACCGGAGAUUUCGCACGGUUGGAGCCGAUUUCCGAAAGCAUUGUCAUACAAUUCAUCUCCUCACUUUCCACGAUGCACAACAUCAUUUCGCACAUUUUUGAGCGUGCUGAACCGAUGAUUACGCCCUCCUUCGAAUGUCCAUCCGUUACAGUUAUCUCCGAGAACUCUGGUCUCGAGCUCCUCGUUCGAGUUUCACUGUUCUCGCUUGUCCAUGGUUUUACCGGGCUCGUGCUUCCAUUUCUUCGGGAACUAGAAUAUCGCGAGACUGCCGUGUCCUACAUCGGAUUAGUAGACUCCGGUACACGCGCCAGACUGGCACUUCUGCGCACUCAGACGCGCAGGUUGGCGUGGGAUGCAGCAAGUCAGGUGGUGAAAGCAUUAAAGCUGCUACCGCCAGUUCAUAACACGCCCAUGCAAUUCCUUUGGAUCUACUCAUGGGCCGUAUUCUGCUUGGAAGACGUCGAAGAGGCUGUGACUAAGGAAGAACCAAUUUCGGCCGAGAUGGCUUGGAUCUUGGAAGCGCUUUCGGAAGAGCUCAAGGUUCUCGGAUAUUCGGUCCGUGCAGUGGUUACCACUGUCGCCAACUCGUCUGUCACCAAUGUCAUCGAGCGUCUGGAUAGUCAUGUUGGGAGCCUGCGUGCCAAACUCGCCAACAACUUUGGCAUAGUCGAGCUUCCGCCCACAGAGCAAGAAGCGGAGGCUUGGCUGGCUGAUAUUGACGCCACUAUCCUGCAGGCCGCAGAGUCGGAAAUCAGGCCGAUCUACGAUAUCGACUUGAGUCUUAGCCCAUUUGUGCAGUAUGGAUUUCACUCUUAG